CCCCGCCGCCCGCGCCCCGACUCCCGCCGCCGCCCGCCGCCCCCGCCGCCCCCGGACCCGCUUCUGUGCGCGAUUUCAACACUACGCCUGCACAAUGUCUCUGAAGCCAAGAGUCGUAGACUUCGAUGAGACGUGGAGCAAGCUGUUAACGACAGUCAAAGCCGUCGUCAUGCUGGAGCACGUCGAGAGGGCCACGUGGAACGACCGCUUCUCAGAUAUUUAUGCUUUAUGUGUGGCCUAUCCUGAACCCCUUGGAGAAAGACUUUAUACAGAAACAAAGAUUUUUUUGGAAAACCACGUGCGGCAUUUGCACAAGAGAGUCCUGGAGUCUGAGGAGCAAGUGCUCGUCAUGUACCACAGAUACUGGGAGGAGUACAGCAAGGGGGCGGACUACAUGGACUGCUUGUACAGGUACCUCAACACCCAGUUUAUUAAAAAGAAUAAGUUGACAGAAGCUGACCUUCAGUAUGGCUACGGUGGUGUAGAUAUGAAUGAACCACUCAUGGAAAUAGGCGAGCUGGCGUUGGAUCUGUGGAGGAAGCUGAUGGUCGAGCCUCUUCAGAACAUCCUCAUCCGCAUGCUGCUCCGCGAGAUCAAAAAUGAUCGUGGUGGAGAAGAUCCAAACCAGAAAGUAAUCCACGGGGUUAUUAACUCCUUUGUUCAUGUUGAACAGUAUAAGAAAAAAUUCCCCUUAAAGUUUUAUCAGGAAAUCUUUGAGUCUCCCUUUCUGACCGAAACAGGAGAGUAUUAUAAACAAGAAGCUUCAAAUUUAUUACAAGAAUCAAACUGCUCUCAAUAUAUGGAAAAGGUUCUAGGUAGGUUAAAAGAUGAAGAGAUUCGAUGUCGAAAAUACUUGCAUCCAAGUUCAUAUACUAAAGUGAUUCAUGAAUGUCAGCAACGCAUGGUAGCAGACCACUUACAGUUCUUACACGCCGAAUGCCACAAUAUCAUCCGACAAGAGAAAAAAAACGACAUGGCAAAUAUGUACAUCUUACUUCGGGCUGUGUCCACCGGCUUACCUCAUAUGAUUCAGGAGCUGCAGAAUCAUAUCCACGAUGAGGGCCUUCGAGCAACCAGUAACCUUACUCAGGAAAACAUGCCAACACUAUUUGUGGAGUCAGUUUUGGAAGUACAUGGUAAAUUUGUGCAGCUUAUCAAUACAGUUUUGAACGGCGACCAGCACUUCAUGAGUGCGUUAGAUAAGGCCCUCACAUCCGUUGUAAAUUAUCGAGAACCCAAGUCUGUUUGCAAAGCCCCGGAGUUGCUUGCUAAGUACUGUGACAACUUACUGAAGAAGUCAGCCAAGGGGAUGACUGAGAACGAAGUAGAGGACAAGCUCACAAGCUUCAUUACGGUCUUCAAAUAUAUUGACGAUAAGGAUGUUUUUCAGAAGUUUUAUGCAAGGAUGCUGGCGAAACGUUUAAUCCAUGGGCUAUCUAUGUCUAUGGAUUCUGAGGAAGCCAUGAUUAACAAAUUGAAGCAAGCCUGUGGCUACGAAUUCACCAGCAAAUUACAUCGGAUGUAUACAGAUAUGAGUGUCAGUGCUGACCUCAAUAAUAAGUUCAACAAUUUUAUCAAAAAUCAAGACACAGUAAUCGACUUAGGAAUUAGUUUUCAGAUUUAUGUUCUGCAGGCUGGCGCUUGGCCUCUUACUCAGGCUCCGUCAUCGACGUUUGCAAUUCCCCAGGAAUUGGAAAAAAGUGUACAGAUGUUUGAAUUAUUUUACAGUCAGCACUUCAGCGGACGAAAACUUACAUGGUUGCAUUAUCUCUGCACAGGUGAAGUUAAAAUGAACUAUUUGGGCAAACCCUACGUAGCCAUGGUAACGACCUACCAGAUGGCAGUUCUCCUAGCCUUUAACAACAGCGAGACCGUCAGCUAUAAAGAGCUCCAGGACAGCACUCAGAUGAACGAGAAAGAACUGACCAAAACAAUCAAAUCCUUGCUUGAUGUGAAGAUGAUUAACCACGACUCAGAAAAGGAAGACGUAGAUGCAGAAUCCUCCUUCUCAUUAAACAUGAACUUCAGCAGUAAAAGAACGAAAUUCAAGAUCACUACGUCAGUGCAGAAAGACACCCCCCAGGAACUGGAGCAGACGAGGAGCGCUGUGGACGAGGACCGCAAGAUGUACCUGCAGGCGGCCAUAGUCCGGAUCAUGAAGGCGCGGAAAGCACUCCGGCACAACGCCCUCAUCCAAGAGGUGAUCAGCCAGUCCCGGGCCCGCUUCAACCCCAGCAUCAGCAUGAUCAAGAAGUGCAUCGAGGUCCUGAUCGACAAGCAGUACAUCGAGCGCAGCCAGGCGUCCGCGGACGAGUACAGCUACGUGGCGUGAUGGCCGCUGCCCGCCGGCGCGGGCGGGAGAGGGUCAGCGCCGUCCCGGGGGGGAGAAGCGGGCCUGCGCCCCCACACGUCGGCCGUCCGGCAGCCCCCGUUUCUCUGCUGUUUACAACAUCACCAGUGCCACGCCAUGAGCGCCAGAGAAGAUGCCUAGAGACGUUCCGAGCUCACGUCACUACGACAUUUCUUAGGACUUGACUAAGAAUGAGUGAAGCGUUGCUGAGAUGUGGACAUCUGGUUGGGUCCCAUGCUUUCCCUCCUCUUCAUGUUUGCAGUUGAUGUGUUUUUUUUUUUUAAUGUAUCUUAAAGGACAUAAAAUUAAAAAAACUUAAAUAUUGUAAUAUGACAGAUAACCUAAUAAUUGUAUCUACAUUAAAAUGACAAACGUGAUACUGCUGCUUGUCAAAUAAAAGAAAUAAAGAA